AUGGCACCUGCUGGCAGGGCUGUUGUUGUGCUAGCGCUCUCGUUGCUGUACUUAUGCGGAGCUAUUAUUUCCACCGAAUAUUUUUCCACGCUCGCGUUCUUUAACGGAGAGCUUAACGAGCGCGGCUGCGGGCCAUCGUCCGAGUGGGAGGAGUAUUCUCCGGACUGCGAUCCCAACGUUCUCCAGCUUGAGGAUCCGGACUGUGAGGACAGUAGCAGCGCGGCCUGCGAGUCGGUCUUCUCUCUGAACGCAGAGAAGAUUCUGAGCCAGGCCAAGGUGUUUGUGGAGCAGCGCCGCUUCCCAUUCCCCGUUGAGGAUCAAAACACCAACGAGGAGCUCGCUAUAGGAUACGUCCUCAUCGCCAACGGGCUCUACGAUGAAGCCAUCAAACACUUCUCCCUGUUACUGCAGGGCGAUCCAGAGCUGGUCAGUGCCAUGUAUGGGCGAGGGAUAGCCUACGGGAAAAAGAGCUUACAGGACAUAAAGAACGCUGACCUGGCUCUGUACGAGUUAAGCAGAGUGAUCACACUGGAGCCCAACAGGCCAGAGGUGUACGAACAGAGAGCGGAGAUUCUGUCUCCUCUCGGACGGAUUAGUGAAGCUCUGAGUGACCUCACUAAAGCCAUCCAGCUCCAGCCUUCAGCAAGACUUUACCGUCACCGUGGAACCCUCCUCUUUAUUUCAGAGGACUACGUGGCUGCUAUGGAGGACUUCCAGCAGUCUCUGGAGCUGAAGAGGAACCAGCCGAUCGCCAUGCUGUAUAAAGGCCUCACCUUCUUCCACAGGGGCCUACUUAAGGAGGCCAUUGAGACAUUUAAAGAAGCGUUGAAGUUGAAGUCGGACUUCAUCGAUGCACACAAAAGCCUGGCUCAGGCGUACAGGGAGUUGGGUGAUUUUGACAGCGCCAUGGAGAGUUUCCAGAAAGCCCUGCUGCUGAACCAGAAUCAUCUUCAGUCUCUGCAGCUCCGAGGGAUGAUGCUGUAUCACCACGGCAGCCUGCAGGACGCCAUCGGCAACUUCAAGAGAUGCCUGCAGUUGGAGCCGUAUAACGAGGUGUGCCAGUACAUGAAGGGUCUGAGCCACGUGGCCAUGGGACAGUUCUACGAAGGCAUCAAGGCUCAGACUAAAGUCAUGCUGAACGAUCCACUGCUGGGCCAGAAAGCCAGCUCUGAAUAUCUCAAAGUCAAAUACCUCAGAGAGUACUCUCGAUAUUUGCACUCUCACCUGGACAUCCCGGUAGCGGAAUACAACGUGGACCAGGAUCUUCCGGGGAACUUUAAGAACCACUGGGCUAAAAACCUGCCCUUCCUCAUAGAGGAUUACGAAGAGCAGCCCGGACUGCAGCCGCACAUAAAGGACGUUCUACCUCAGGAUUUCGACAGUUACUCUCCGGAGGUGCAGAAGCUGAUCUGUACGGCGGAUCAUCUGGGCACGCUCAUGCAGUACAACACGUCAGGGUUCCUGUCCAACCAGCGCAUCCACAGAGCCAUGGGUCUGGCCACCAUCGAGGUGAUGCAGGCGAUGCAGCGGACGUGGAGUAACUCGAAAGUGCGCGUCAACGGCAAAACCAGGCAGCUCCAGUGGAGGGACAUGUUCGACAUCGCCGUGAAAUGGAGGAGGAUCGCUGAUCCCGAUCAGCCUGUUCUGUGGUUGGAUCAGAUGCCAGAACGGAGCCUGAGCAGAGGAUUUAAUAACCACAUCAACCUCAUCAGGGGCCAGAUCAUCAACAUCAGAUAUAUGGAGUACUUUGGCAGCAUCCUGGACUUCAUCAAAGACCGAAUAUUAGUCUAUCACGGCGCGUAUAAUCCACGCGGCGUGCAGGAAGUGAAGCAGGCUCUGGAGAACGUGAACAAAGUGGAGGACCUGCUGCCUAUAAUGAAGCAGUUCAACAGUAAAACGAGAGACGGGUUCACCGUGAACUCGAAGGUUCCGAGUUUGAAGGAUCCUGGGACGGAGUACGACGGCUUCACCAUCACCAUCACAGGAGACCGUGUGGGAAACAUGUUGUUCUCAGUGGAGACUCAGACCACAGAGGAGAGGACGCAGCAGUACCAGUCGGAGAUCGAGGCUCUUUAUAAAGACCUGACGGCUAAAGGCAAAGCCCUCAUGCUGUCCUCCGAGCUAGGGGAUUCGGAUGCGGUGUGUAACCUCGUCCUCUCGCUGGUGUAUUAUUUCUGUAACCUCAUGCCCCUGUCCCGAGGCUCCAGCAUCGUGGCCUACUCCGUGGUGAUGGGAGCUCUGAUGGCGAGCGGGAAAGAAGUCGUAGGCACAAUUCCAGCCGGGAAGCUGGUGGAUUUCGAAGCCAUGACCAUGCCGAGCCCCGAUCGCUUCACCAAAACGGCCAAAAGCUGGAUGAACCUGAAGAGUCUCCCCAGCUGGUACCAGAACCUUCCGUCCGUAGCCGAGACGUUCCAGUUCGCCCGAACCAUGAUCGAGGUCCUGAACACCGACUCGUCCUCGCACUGUCCCAAGAGGUCUUAAAAGCCGCCUGCGUCCUUCCUGCUCGCGCCCCUCGUUUCUUUUUCAUACAGAAUGUCUUCCAGUAUAAAGAUCUGUAUCAGAGUCUUAAUAAUUAACCCCUGAGGAAAAAAAAAAAAAAGAGAGAAGGUUUUACCGGAAGUUAAUUCGGGAAAACGGAGCGCAUUUAAUGACCCCCUUUAUAAAAUCUUCUUUAAGAUUCCUACGUUUUAAAAUAAACGCGCGACUGUAAAAGGGCUCGAAUUAUUCGCCGAUUUUCAGGUUCAGAACCAGGAUUAUCGAAAUACAUAUCGGUCCAAAUGCAGCUCGUCCCCCGUGGUUUUUAGUUCGGAAAGUUUGGACUCGCCUCUGAAACCGAUCUCGUUUUAUUCACUUUUAAGUUUUAACGGCGUUCUCUUUUUUUUUUUUUUUCCCCACGUCAGGGUCUUUUGAGUGCUUAUUUUUAAAGAGCGGGGCGUGUUUAGGAAUGAAACGUGACGUAUCGAUUACGCGAGGCUUCGCAAAGCAGCGCUGGAAAUGAAUAAACGUCGAGUUGAUGCAAA